AUAGAGGUUCAGCGAUCUCUGGACUGUCUAGACUGCUCAGCUGGUCGAGUAUCAGCGAUCACUUGUCUCUCUGGACUGUUCAGAUCAGUUGGAUAUGCUCUACUGUGUUUUGACUUAGGAUUGACGAUUGCUUCUGGUAGCAGAUGGUGAGCAUAGACAGUUAGCCAAAGCCUUCAGGUUAGCGGCUAUUGCGGUCCAGUCAGCAAGACAAGAUGGGCGACGACAAUGGCUCAUCCCUGGUGUCAAAUAUCUCCACUUCCGCCUGUGCCCGAUUGCUGAUCCCCUCUCUGACCGGACCCACUCCCGCUCUGCUCUUCAAGGAAGUCGCCACGCCCAUCAUACUUCUGUUUGGAAUCGUUGGUAACCUGUUGUCCUUCAUCGUGAUGAGUUCCAGAAUCUUGAGGAGGAAGUCAUACAGCCAGUACCUCUGCGCCCUCGCUCUGUUUGACAGCUUUAACCUCGUGGAUCGAGAGAUCCGAGCCGUGGAGGAGCUGCUGGAAUCCCUGGGUCGUCCACGUCUCUUACAGGGGCUAUCAACUGGUGGUUGUAAGCUACAUCGCUUCAUUCAGCACGUCUGUGUGUCCAUGUCAUCUUGGAUCAUUGUUCUUAUGGCCGUGGAACGUUUCGUUGUCAUCUUCUUCCCGUUUCGGCGUCACGUGAUCUGUACACCGGGACGUUCCGUUCUGGCGAUCAUGUGCGCCCUGGGACUGAUAUGCUUGUCGCAAGUGUUUACGUUGGUGAUGACAAAAUACAGCGAUCUGGCGGAACGCUGUACGCCUCAUGCCCAGUUUAAUCUGAUUUACACGGAGCUUUACACAUACUUUUAUCUCUUGUGUUUAAUUUUACUCUUUCCCACGGCCAUCAUCGUCGUCUGCAAUCUCGCAGUCGUCCUGAAGAUCUCCAAGUACAAGCGACUUAGGGAGGUAAUCCGCUCCUCUGAUCGCUCCGACCAGUUCAUUUCUAGACAAGGCUUAAAGACGACGGUCAUGCUGCUGACGAUCUCGUCCGUGUAUGUUCUCACGUUCCUGCCUUCCGUACUAUCUAUGUUCAUCAUCCAGGUGUCCAUUAUCGAGGAGAAACCGACGGAGGAAACCUGCGGGAAACUACUGGCCUUCCAACCUUACGGACAUGUGCUCGAAGUUCUCUCCAGUAUUAACUACGGUGUGAAUUUCUACAUUUAUGUUCUGUCGGGAAAGGCGUUCAGAUUCGAGCUACAGAAAAUUUUACGUCGUGAUAGCAGCACAGCAAGCACGAGAAUUCGGAACGACAUAGAAGGACUGUAGCCUUCAUAUCCACAAUUGCAUAUGAGAGCCAAUAGCUUCUUCCAGAUAUGGACUUUCCAUAUUUCCGGUUUACAGCUCUGACAGUUGUGGGCUCGUCAAUAUUGGGCAAAUCCGUGAAUACGCUUUUAUCUUACACUUCUGACAGUUGUGGGCUCGUCAAUAUUGGGCAAAUCCGUGAAUAAGCUGUUGUCUUACAAUUCUGACAAUUGUGGGCUCGUCAGUAUUGGGCAAAUCCGUGAAUACGCCGUUGUCUUACACUUCUGACAGUUGUGGGCUCGUCAAUAUUGGGCAAAUCCGUGAAUACGCUGUUGUCUUACACUUCUGACAGUUGUGGGCUCGUCAGUAUUGGGCAAAUCCGUGAAUACGCUGUUGUCUUACACUUCUGACAGUUGUGGGCUCGUCAAUGUUGGGCAAAUCCGUGAAUAAGCUGUUGUCUUACACUUCUGACAGUUGUGGGCUCGUCAAUGUUGGGCAAAUCCGUGAAUACGCUGUUGUCUUACACUUCUGACAGUUGUGGGCUCGUCAAUAUUGGGCAAAUCCGUGAAUACGCUGUUGUCUUACACUUCUGACAAUUGUGGGCUCGUCAGCAUUGGGCAAAUCCGUAAAUACGCUUUUGUCUAACAUUUCUGACAAACAAUUGUUCAGCGGGGGUCGACAGAUCAAUAAAUGGCUCGCAAAUAUCGCGGACAGAGAGAAAACAUGUAAUUGCAUAGAGGAGUUUCAAAUCGUUUCUAUUUUGUGACAUGAUUCUCAUUACAGUUACAUGAAACCCUACACUCCGUGGUUAUCAUACACUUUUGUGAAGGUAUAAAGUAAAAAAAAGUGGUUCCAAAGUUGUGACUUUUUUCCCAAGAAGUGAAGCCCGUGUUGCCUGUUGUAGUCAUGGCUUCUAUUCCAACGACUGUGACAGGCCCAGUCGCAGCCUAUGUACUACCACAUUCCAUACUACUACUCACUGACCUCCCGGAUCGUUCGAAUCUCUGUGAGGACUUGUUUUCUACACUCACACAUGUCAGUUUCCUACACUCACACAUGUUAGUUUCCUACACUCACACAUGUCAGUUUCCUACACUCACACAUGUUAGUUUCCUACACUCACACAUGUCAGUUUCCUACGCUCACACAUGUCAGUUUCCUACACUCACACAUGUCAGUUUCCUACACUCACACAUGUCAGUUUCCUACACUCGCUCACACAUGUUAGU